UUUUUGUUUUUGCAAAGUGCUAACGCGACAUUGUGCGCUUGUGUGAAAUGUUAUCGUUUUCUAUGUUCCUGUCUUCUGGAUGCCCCAUGCGGUCGUCCGAGUUCCCAACAAUGGCGUGAAUGGUGCAUCUAGUUUGAACUUGUGCUCGUCAAAUUUGAACAAAACCCAUCUCUGAAUCAUCUUUCCCAAAGCUACAGUCCUCACGGGCCCACCCCUCGCUUGUUUUGCUGCUCAGGUCUUCUUCUUCUUCUUCGUUCGUACUCGUAUGUAAUUCUGCAGCAAUAUUGGGCUCAUGGGCUGUAUCUGAAAAUGUUGAGGAAUGAAAUAGAAUCAUAGCUAGACUAAUAUUGUGAAAUUUUAUGUUAAAAUCAAUUUUCCCUGUUAUACUGCUCGCGUUCACUACACGUUCCUAAGAAGAAGAUCGAUUUCCUCUAAAACUAGCCGCUAAUGUUUUUUGAUUUUCUUGAUUUUUUGGGUAAAGAAAUGCUUUUUUUUUUUUUUUUUCUUUUUUGUUAAUUUUUGAACUGCAGACAUCUUCAUCCCUGAUCUGAUGAACGGCUUACAUUCACGUUUCCUACCAAAUAGAGUGACCAGAAACCUAAACUAGAAUUGAGAACAAAAAUCAACUCUAUCUCCAAAAAAAAAAUGAUAUCAGAAUUUAAGACAUUUAAUCUCUGCUCUCCAACAACAGUUGCCUCCACAGAUUACUGUAAUAUAUACUGCCACAAACACUAGAGAUGGGUCCCAACAAAUGAUGUCGAUCCCAAGGAGGUCACAUUACUAAACUUGUCUUGGGAGUUUUCCAUUGUGUAAUGUUCAACUGUAUCUCCAAAAGAGAAAGAAAGUUGCAGAGGAAAGAAGGAAAAGUUUUCUUUGCUUUGAAGGUAUAGAGCUAAUCCCAUCUUCCACACUUCUCUUGUUUCUCACUUGACUAUUCUCCACAGAGGGAUAAGCUUUGAGGCUUAGACAUUGAUGUGUAUAUAUAGGUGUGGUUCAAGGAAAUGCCUAGUGUGGCUCACUUACUCAAAAACAUGGAUGCCCAUGAUACAAAAUUUGAAUUCCUAUUCACUCUUUCGAUUGCCAUUCUUAUCCUUAUCAUUUGUAUUGAAAAUUCAAGCUCUUCUGUUCUUAGUGUCAGUGGUGAUCGGUGCCUGGAAACAAUGGAGGUGAAUGCUGAUGAUCAAGUCCCAUCAUGUUCUAGCAGAAAUCAUGGGAAUUGUGAGUUGAGUGGCAUGGAAGAUGAUGCAUGGCUAAUGGUGGAGAAGAAAGGGAGUCAGUUUGUUGUUAAUGACCAGCCUUUUUAUGUUAAUGGGUUCAACACUUAUUGGUUGAUGGUGUUUGCUGUGGACCAAUCUACAAGGGGAAAAGUUACCGACGUGUUUCAACAGGCAUCUUCUGUGGGUUUAACAGUUUGUAGGACUUGGGCUUUUAAUGAUGGCCAAUGGCAAGCGCUUCAGAAAUCUCCAGGUGUUUAUGAUGAAGAGGUUUUUAAGGCCCUGGAUUUUGUAGUGAGUGAAGCAAAGAAGAACAAAAUCAGGCUUAUAUUGUCAUUAACUAACAAUUGGGAAGCAUAUGGUGGCAAAGCACAAUAUGUCAAAUGGGGAAAAGCUGUAGGCCUGAUAUUGACUUCUGAUGAUGACUUCUUCUCUGACUCUACACUAAAAAGCUACUACAAGGCCCAUGUUAAGAUGGUGCUUAAUAGAGUCAACACGAUUACUAAUAUUACUUACAAGGAUGAUCCGACAAUUUUUGCCUGGGAAAUGAUGAAUGAACCACGCUGUGUCUCAGAUCCCUCUGGAAAUAAAUUGCAGGCAUGGAUAGAAGAAAUGGCAGCCUAUGUGAAGAGCAUCGAUCGGAAACAUUUGGUAGAGAUUGGGUUGGAAGGAUUUUAUGGCCCCUCAACACCUAACAGAGCUCAAUUCAACCCGAAUACUUAUGCUACGCAAGUUGGAACUGACUUUAUCAGGAAUCAUCAAGCUCUUGGUGUUGAUUUUGCUUCUGUUCACAUCUACGCAGACUCUUGGAUUUCUCCAAACAUUUCUGAUGCUCAUAUCCAAUUCACCAAGUCAUGGACGCAAGCUCACAUUGAGGAUGCUGACAAUACACUUGGGAUGCCAGUUGUGUUUGCUGAGUUUGGUGUAUCUGCAAAAGAUCCUGGCUAUAAUACAACAUUCCGAGACAAGCUUACCGGUACAGUAUACAAAGCCGUCUUGGACUCUGCAAAGAAAGGAGGGAGUGGGAGUGGAAGCAUUUUAUGGCAGCUAUUCCCUGAAGGCACAGACUACAUGGAUGAUGGGUAUGCCAUUGUCCUCUCUAAAUCUCCUUCAACAGCAAAUGUUAUAUCUCUUCAGUCCACCAGGCUUACAAUGUUGAACUCCAUGUGUUCCUGGAAGAGCCAUUGGGGUUGCAAGAAGAAGCAGGCAUUUGAGUCUUUCUUCUUCAGCCAUGGUGAUCUCUGAAAUUGUGUACAGAAAAAAAUGUCCGCUGAAGGCACAAAAAGAAAAAAAGCACAUACUUGUUAUACAUACUAAUUUUCUUGUGCCUGUAUCUGCAUAUAAGUGCUUGUUGAUAUGUAUUUUGAAAAAAGAAAAAAAAGACAAAAGCCAGCUAUAGUAUGGUUUGAUAUUUACCAUAUAUCAGGAGUUUGUGUACAUGGUUGGCCCUCGUCUUUGUAAGGAUUGUGCAAAAUACUAAAAUAAAACACUUCCAUCUUUUAUGCAAAA